CUCUCGCUCUCUCGCUCUCAACAAUCUUUUUGUCUUCUUUACUUUCGAAAUUAGGGUUUUUUUCUUUUCUUCCUUAUUCUUGCGGCCAUGGAAACACAAAUCGAUACACCGAAAGUCUACACGCUGGUGGCGAACCUACCCAAAAUAUUCACGAACACGGUCGAUAUCGUCUUACAAGAACUCAUCCAAGACGAAACAGGAGUGGUACACGUUUUAGCAUCGGAUCACAUCAACCUGAACCCAAGCGACGGCGGCUUCACGCCGCAUCAUCUCUCUCGACUCCUUCGCGAUGAGCAAGUUCCCCAGUCUCAGUUUCUAGGUCAAAAGAUCGCUCUUGAUAUCAAUCGCGAACUUGCUAACGACGUUUCCCUUAGAGAGCCUGCUUUCGUAUUCGUCACUGUCGAUUUCAUCAGAGAGACACGUUUGAUUUUUCCGCCCGACGAACCUACUCCAUCGAGAGGUGCUUCCGGUGAAGUUUUCCAGAGGUUAGCGGACGAACAGAGAGUUGAAGUCGAGAACAACGAGAUUCAGUGUUCGAUUUGUAUUGAGGAUUUGUCCAAGAAUCAUCAAGAAGUCAUUGAGAUGCCUAAAUGUUUGCAUAGGUUUCAUCAAGAUUGUCUCUUUGAGUGGCUUGCUCGGCAAAACUCAUGUCCCUUGUGCCGGAGUGUUCCCUACGGCUUGGAUCAAGAAACAGACUCUUGAAAAGAUAUCAGAUUAGGGUUUGGAGGGUAUAGAUCGGUUUAGGGUUUUUGAAUAAUUUUCUGUAUUAAGAUAUAUGUUUGGAAAUUUUGUAACUUUUUAGUAUAAAUCUUGAAAUAAUUGUUCUGG